CUCCCCCCACGCUGAGAUACCCCACACCGCGAACCCUCCGCCCUUCCUCUCCUCCUGGGAGAGUCAGGAUCUGGGGCUACCCAAGGUCGGGUCCCGAAUGCCAGUCCCUCUGUCGGGAUGCGAAAUGUGUAGGGCAUAUGCUAGGAAGAAGAUUGGGUAUGGGAGCAGCGGUUGGAGUGGUUAGCUGCCUCCGCUCUUUUUAGGUGUUUCCCCCGGCCCUGUCCUUGGGAGUGGGGACUCCUGCCUCAUAGGUUUUUAGAGAGGUCAAUGGAUUUCUCGCCCGUAGAGACACCGUAUAUGCCAAAUGAGCACUCCUUAUCCCAGCUCUUGAUGGGGUCAGGUCCUACAGGUGAAGAUAUGGGGCUGUGAUCACAAGCAAACGUGUGGGUGGAUCCGUUGCUUGGGUUCUUCCCCGCCCCCUCCUUUUUUCGGACCAUGACGUCAAGGUGGGCUGGUGGCGGCAGGUGCGGACUUGACAAGCAUGCUCCUUUAAGGCGGAGGGAUCCACGGGAGGGCGGUUGUUCUGUGCUUCGCCCUAUAUAGGGAGACUUGGGGCACGCAGUAGCUCUCUCUAGUCACUCCGGCGCAGGGUUUUGUGCUUCCCACACAUCAGAAAGCAAGCCCACGUUUUUCUCUAAUACGUGUAAGCCUUUUCUUUUCAAGAUGCCUGAGGAAGUGCACCAUGGAGAGGAGGAGGUGGAGACUUUUGCCUUUCAGGCAGAAAUUGCCCAACUCAUGUCUCUCAUCAUCAAUACCUUCUAUUCCAACAAGGAGAUUUUUCUUCGAGAGUUGAUCUCUAAUGCUUCUGAUGCCUUGGACAAGAUUCGCUAUGAGAGCUUAACAGACCCUUCGAAGUUGGACAGUGGUAAAGAGCUGAAAAUUGACAUCAUCCCCAACCCUCAGGAACGUACCCUGACUUUGGUAGACACAGGCAUUGGGAUGACCAAAGCUGAUCUCAUAAAUAAUUUGGGAACCAUUGCCAAGUCUGGUACUAAAGCAUUCAUGGAGGCUCUUCAGGCUGGUGCAGACAUCUCCAUGAUUGGACAGUUUGGUGUUGGCUUUUAUUCUGCCUACCUGGUGGCAGAGAAAGUGGUUGUGAUCACAAAGCACAACGAUGAUGAACAGUAUGCUUGGGAGUCUUCUGCUGGAGGUUCCUUCACUGUGCGGGCUGACCAUGGUGAGCCCAUUGGCAGAGGUACCAAAGUGAUCCUCCAUCUUAAAGAAGAUCAGACAGAGUACUUAGAAGAGAGGCGGGUCAAAGAAGUAGUGAAGAAGCACUCUCAGUUCAUAGGCUAUCCCAUCACCCUUUAUUUGGAGAAGGAGCGAGAGAAGGAAAUUAGUGAUGAUGAGGCAGAGGAAGAGAAAGGUGAGAAAGAAGAGGAAGAUAAAGAUGAUGAAGAAAAGCCCAAGAUCGAAGAUGUGGGUUCAGAUGAGGAGGAUGACAGUGGUAAGGAUAAGAAGAAGAAAACUAAGAAGAUCAAAGAGAAAUACAUUGAUCAGGAAGAGCUAAACAAGACCAAGCCUAUUUGGACCAGAAACCCUGAUGACAUCACCCAAGAGGAGUAUGGAGAAUUCUACAAGAGCCUCACCAAUGACUGGGAAGACCACUUGGCAGUCAAGCACUUUUCUGUAGAAGGUCAGUUGGAAUUCAGGGCAUUGCUAUUCAUUCCUCGUCGGGCUCCCUUUGACCUUUUUGAGAACAAGAAGAAAAAGAACAACAUCAAACUCUAUGUCCGUCGUGUGUUCAUCAUGGACAGCUGUGAUGAGUUAAUACCAGAGUAUCUCAAUUUUAUUCGUGGUGUGGUUGACUCUGAGGAUCUGCCCCUGAACAUCUCCCGAGAAAUGCUCCAGCAGAGCAAAAUCUUGAAAGUCAUUCGUAAAAACAUUGUUAAGAAGUGUCUUGAGCUCUUCUCUGAGCUGGCAGAAGACAAGGAGAAUUACAAGAAAUUCUAUGAGGCAUUCUCUAAAAAUCUCAAGCUUGGAAUCCACGAGGACUCCACUAACCGCCGCCGCCUGUCUGAGCUGCUGCGCUAUCACACCUCCCAGUCUGGAGAUGAGAUGACAUCUCUGUCAGAGUAUGUUUCUCGCAUGAAGGAGACACAGAAGUCCAUCUAUUACAUCACUGGUGAGAGCAAAGAGCAGGUGGCCAACUCAGCUUUUGUGGAGCGAGUGCGGAAACGGGGCUUCGAGGUGGUAUAUAUGACCGAGCCCAUUGACGAGUACUGUGUGCAGCAGCUCAAGGAGUUUGAUGGGAAGAGCCUGGUCUCAGUUACCAAGGAGGGUCUGGAGCUGCCUGAGGAUGAGGAGGAGAAGAAGAAGAUGGAAGAGAGCAAGGCAAAGUUUGAGAACCUUUGCAAGCUCAUGAAAGAAAUCUUAGAUAAGAAGGUUGAGAAGGUGACAAUCUCCAAUAGGCUUGUGUCUUCACCUUGCUGCAUUGUGACCAGCACCUAUGGCUGGACAGCCAAUAUGGAGCGGAUCAUGAAAGCCCAGGCACUUCGGGACAACUCCACCAUGGGCUAUAUGAUGGCUAAAAAGCACCUGGAGAUCAACCCUGACCACCCCAUUGUGGAGACUCUGCGGCAGAAGGCUGAGGCUGACAAGAAUGAUAAGGCAGUUAAGGACCUGGUGGUGCUGCUGUUUGAAACCGCCCUGCUCUCUUCAGGCUUUUCCCUUGAGGAUCCCCAGACCCACUCCAACCGCAUCUACCGCAUGAUCAAGCUAGGUCUAGGUAUUGAUGAAGAUGAAGUGGCAGCAGAGGAACCCAGUGCUGCAGUUCCUGAUGAGAUCCCCCCUCUUGAGGGUGAUGAGGAUGCGUCUCGCAUGGAAGAAGUUGAUUAGGUUAGAAGUUCAUAGUUGGAAAACUUGUGCCCUUGUAUAGUGUCCCCGUGGCUCCCACUGCAGCCUCAAGUGCCCCUGUCCCACCUGCCUCCCCCUGCUGAUGUCUAGUGUUGUUUUUCCUCUCCUGUCCUUGUGUUGAAGGCAGGAAACCAAGGGUGUCAAGCCCCAUUCCCUCUCUGACAGCAGGAUUGGAUGUUGUGUGUUGUGGUUUAUUUUAUUUUCAUUUUGUUCUGAAAUUAAAGUAUGCAAAAUAAAGAAUAUGCCGUUUUUAUACA